UUUAGCUGAUUUUAUUUUCAAAAAAAUAAAAAAAAUAGAAGUUGAAUAUGACUGAAGGAGUAGGAUAAGUUAAAAAAGUAGGUGGAUGAGGAAUUAAAAUAGGAGGUUGGAAGAGAACAUUUAUGGGGCAUUAAUGGAUAUACACUAGAGAAGUUUCCUUAUACCAAAUAAAUCGUGGCCGUCGGAUCUCAAUCAACCGCAUCUCCUCCCAUCGAAGAUCAUAUAAAUUCCUCCCUCCCUAAACCCUAACACCUCCCCAAUCCCGACCCGCCGCCGUCUUCCCACAUCCCGCCGCCUCGGUAUCUCCGCCAACAUCGGCGAGGCGUGCCAGUCUCUCCACAACCACCGGCAAGACCCGUCGGUCCCUUCGCAACCACCGGCAAGGCCGCCAAUCUCUCGACAGCCUCCGACAACCGUCUUCCUCCUCUUGCGUUCAACAUAAUCACUGGUCAAGAAAUUCAAGAUCGAUCGAUCGAUCGACUCCCUAAUACCCUAGAAAAUCUCUGAGAGAAUCGAAGUCGAUCGAUCGCGCCAAUUCGCCAUGGAAGGAGGAAAACCCCACCCUGCUGCGACUGGAGGAGGAGCAUCGAGCAGCCACCACGCCGCCGCCGCCGCCGCCGCCGAUGUCGCCGUCGACGAGGCGUUCGCGCGUGACCUGUACGUGUCGCAGCUGAUGGAGCUGGGCGACGACGACUGGAGCAGCUUCGCGCCGCCGAUGGAUCGCGUAGGAUCGACGUCUUCCCUCGCCGCCGGCGCCGCCGGGAGCAGGGCCCAACCCAUCGUCAUCGAUGAUGAUGAUGACGCGCCGGCGGCGGCGGCGGCGGCGCGGACCGUCCAACUGUACGUGCCGCCUCCGUUACGAUCCGGUGGGCGCCGCACCGUGGCGACGAGACAGCAGCCGGCACCGGCAAGAUCAGCGACGGCCUUCCUCCCGCGGCCGCCGGGCGGCGCCGCCACCGCCGACAUCGGCACGAGCUCUACCGCCACCUUACCACAGGGCCUACCUGCUGCCAUGGCGCCGUCUACUGAACUCUCACUCCGCCCCGGCGGCCUCAUCGCUGGCGGCGCCGCCGCUCCCCGCCACGGCGGGAGACGUCCUGCCGCCCGUAUGGCGGCUCGUGCCGCUCCCGGCACCGGCCAUGCCCGUGGCGCCGGCAAUGGCCGUUGGGCUAGGGCAGAAAACCUCAUGGCAGCAUUGCAAGCAAACCCUCGCCCAAACGUCGCGCAGUUCGGCCGGAUAUGGACUCGCAUUGCCGCCGCCGACCGCCAGCUCACCGCCGCCGCCGCCGCCGCCGACACCCCGGCGGCCGUCACCGCCACCACGGGAGAAGGGAGCCACGCCGCCCCUGCCGUCUCUGCCGGCAAGUGUGGGCAACACAGAACCCCGGCCAUCUCCGCCGGCAAAGGAGGCGCCGCCGGCGGCAUGGAAGAAGAAGAAGAGGUUCACCGCAACGUCGCGAACGAGAACGACUCGGUUUCCUCGAAGAGGCAGGCCCUACUCGCCGACAGGGACACGCCGGCCGUCUUCGCCGGCAUGGAAGACGGCCACGACAACGACUGGUACGACUCCGUCAUCCGCGACGCCGUGAUCGCCGAGCUGCAAGAGGACCCAGAGCUCCAUGGGCCUCUCCCGGUGCAAUACCUCACAAAAUCGCCCGUCGUGGCGCAACCACCACCCCGCGCCACCGCCGCCGCCAUCGCCGGAGAAGAAGAAGAAGAAGAAGGUGAAUUCUCCAUGCCAAACUUCUACAAGAAGUGGGGCCUCCGCCCAUCCGACCUCGACCCCGACGAGGCCGGCCCGUCGACGAGGCGGCCGAGGGUGCUCCCCCUCGCCGACGGCGACCUCCCGACGUUCGACUGCGGCAUCUGCUUCGACACCUUGCCGAUGCUCGACCUCUUCCGCGGCCUCCCCUGCGACCACAAGUACUGCCUCGAGUGCAUGACCACCUACAUCGACGGCAAGGUGAGGGAGGGGGCCGUGCCGGUGGCGUGCCCGGACCCGGAGUGCGCCGACGGCGGCGACGGCGGCGCCGGCGUGCUCCACCCGGAGGGGUGCAAGAAGGCCAUCGACUUCGCCGCGUUCACCGACUGGGGGCUCCGGCUCGCCGAGGGCGCCGUGCCGCACGACCGGCGGGCGUACUGCCCCAACCGCCGGUGCGGGAUCCUGCUGGAGACCAGCGGCGAGGCGGAGCCGGCCAUGGCGGCGUGCCCGGCGUGCCAGCACCUGCUGUGCGCGACGUGCGGCGGGGAGUGGAGCACGGCGGACGACGCCGACCACCGGGACUGCUCCAAGGGGCCCGAGGCCGCCAUGGUGAAGAAGCUCGCCGACGAGCGGCGGUGGAAGGCGUGCCCCAAAUGCAGGAUGCUGGUUGAGAGGACAGCCGGCUGCAGGGUCAUGAGUUGCAGGUGCCGCAUGGUCUUCUGCUACCUUUGUGGGCUCCAGAUAGGAGCGGUGCUGGAGGGGAAGGAGAAAUGCCAGUGCCUCGACAAUCUCGGCGUCGUUCUGGUGCCCUGAUCACCUGCAGAAUCGAUCUCGCCGUCGCCGGCGCCGAGGAAGAAGGAGCUAAGCUGGAGGCUGAUGCAUGCAUGGACAAUGUCGAACAUUAGCUGCUGCCCCCAGCAGAUUCUGCAUGCGUUUACUGGUCGCUAAACCAAACUAUUUCCUUAAUUUAAAGUUUGAUCCGUCGGUCGACUAGAUUACUUAAUCGAAUUUACCUGGAUUUCUUAGCGGUUUAAUUCAUCGAUCGUGGUUGAAUGAUGUGUGGAUCUGUGCAAUUUGCUUCUUUUCGCUUCCAGCGGGUUGCUGGGAAAAGUUGGAAAGAAAGACAUAGAUGGUUGGAUGGUUUCGGAUUGUAUCAUCUUUGAAUUGAGACAUUUAUUAGAUGUGUUGGAUUCUGUUA